AAUCAGUCGUGUUGGCCCUCUUGUUGGCUCUUCUCCUCCCUCUUCUCUUCCCUCUUCUCUUCCGCCAUAGCCGAAGCUUCCAAGGUUCACCAGCCUCGUCGGCGAUCCGGGCUUCAGCCAUGUCGACAUCUUCUUCACAAGCUCUCACUCUCUGGACGUCUCCACCAUGGGUUUGUGACCAAAGACCUAGUCAUCGUCUUUUCCCUUCCCUUCCAGUCGAAUCGAAUUUUUCCAAGAACUCUUUUCCAUAGUUCAGGUUCGUUGCUAACUCUAAGCUUCAUCUAAAUGUGCCAUUGGUGCUUUGAUUUCAAAACCCUAACCAUUGAAUAUCUGUUAUUAAUUUUUUUUUAUUAGUCAAAAUUAAUAUCCAUAGCCACCCAAAAUAAUUGUGCCAUUGGGGCUUUGACUUCAAAACCGUAAUCGUAAAGAAUGAAUAUUUACUUUUCUAUGUAAUUUUUUGUUACUUCAUAGCUGUCUAAUCGAUUGUUAGUGUGAGGUUGUAGAUCAAACUUCAAAAAAAAAAAAUCCGAAGUUUUUAUUUUUCUCACUUAUCUAUGUAUCUCUAACUUUGGACCCUCUUGAAUUCUGGUUAUUGUGUGUGUUUCUUAUUCAAAGAUACCAAUGAAGUUCUAUGAAAGUUCAGAUUGGAUCCAAAACCUGGCUAUUUGAUUUAUAUGUUAGGGAGUUCCUUUAAAUGGUGUUUGGUUAUAUAGAUUUGGAACUGAGUGCUGGAUCCUGGGAUUUUGUAGUCCUUGGGAGUUGAGGCUUAUACAUCAUGGCAAGGAUUAAACCUCAAGCUCUGCUACAACAAAGCAAGAAGAAGAAGGGUCCAAGUCAUAUCGGUGCCACUACAGUUAUUUUAUAUAGCUUAAUUAUAGUUGUGAUGGUGUUUUUCCUGUUUGCUAGUUACAGACAUUGGAUUCAGAGGUCAAUAAUUCAAACAGAGCAUCGGCUAUCAGUUAUUGAGCGUGACGAUGCUUUUGCAGAUGGAAAGAAAUCUGAUGUCCCCGGAUAUGUUAUUUUAAAUACCUCAAAAGGGUCAAUAACAAUCGAGUUAUACAAAGAAGGCUCUCCUAAGGUGGUUGAUGCAUUUAUUGACUUAUGUCAGAGGGGGCACUUCAAGGGGAUGCCUUUUCACCAUGUAAUAAAGGACUUUGUGAUUCAAGGAGGUAAUUCUGAUAUACCUGGAGCUACAGACGAUUGGACUUUGAAAGUGAAGCAUAACAGCCAACUUGAAACAAGCAUGAAGCAUGAGGCGUUUAUGCUUGGUACUACAAAGGCUAAACAUGACAAAGAGGGAUUCGAGCUUUUUAUUAUGACUGCACCAAUCCCUGAUCUAAAUGAGAAGCUGAUUGUGUUUGGGCGGGUCAUUAAGGGAGAGGAUGUUGUUCAGGAAAUUGAAGAGGUGGAUACGGAUGAACAUUAUCGACCUAAAUCUCCAAUAGGAAUCAUCAAUGUGACUCUGAAAGAGAAGGUUUGAAGGAGGUUUUAUCAGUUUAAAGCUUCUUUCAAUGGCAUGGUUUCCCCAUCUUAGCUGCCAACGUGCUGAUAAUCACCAAGCAAGCAAGAGGUUUAUGGGAAGUAAAGCAUUUCUUUUGCUUCUGUUCUGGGGUGUUUUCGUAUAUGGAUUGAAGUCUUUGGAAUUUUUUAUUUUUUUCCUGCUUGUGAUACAAAGAAAAGCUUGCCAAUUCUAUUUUGUAAUAUGGUUUUUUUAUUUAAACCUUGAUGAUACACAUUGCUUUAUAGUGGACAUGAAAUACAGUAUGUUCUUGAGAUCAAGACUGUAGACAAGGUAGGGUGAUAAAAUUCUUUUGUAACAUACUCUGGUUUUUGC